AUGACGGUAAACUUAGAUCCGGAUAAAGUUUGGAUAGACGGCUGCUUUGAUUUCACACAUCAUGGGCAUGCGGGAGCCAUUUUGCAGGCUCGUCGAACAGUUUCAAAAGAAAAUGGUAAACUAUUCUGUGGUGUGCAUACCGAUGAAGAUAUUCAGCAUAACAAAGGAACACCAGUAAUGAACUCUUCAGAAAGAUAUGAGCAUACUAGAUCAAAUAGGUGGUGUUCGGAAGUGGUUGAAGCGGCGCCAUAUGUUACAGAUCCCAAUUGGAUGGAUAAAUAUCAGUGCCAAUAUGUUGUUCAUGGUGAUGAUAUCACCAUAGAUGCUAAUGGAGAAGACUGCUAUAAGUUGGUGAAAGAGAUGGGGCGCUUCAAGGUAGUUAAAAGAACAUAUGGCGUAAGUACUACCGAGAUUAUACAUAGAAUAUUGACGAAAAAAUCUUUGCCACCGACUCAUCCUGAUUAUUAUCCCACCACCCAGGAAUUGAGUUUCUAUUCUGUCGCCCAAGAUGCCGUUUCAAAACAUUGUUAUGUCUUUCAGAGGGAUUUGGACAAUGUCUUGGUCAAUGGUGGAUACAAAUUCGAUGCAGAAGAUUGUGUUUAUGUUGACGGGGAUUUUGACUUAUUCCAUAUGGGGGAUAUUGAUCAGUUAAGAAAGCUGAAAAUGGAUCUUCACCCCGAUAAGAAAUUGAUUGUUGGUAUUACCACAAGCGAUUACUCGAGUACCAUUAUGACGAUGAAGGAACGCGUCUUGAGCGUUUUAAGUUGUAAAUAUGUUGAUGCCGUUAUUAUCGAUGCUGACGCCACCUCAAUGUCUCAGUAUAACUGCGAGAAGUAUCAUAUUGGCACGGCUGUCCUCACUGCUGCCGGAAAAUUCAGUGAAUACUUGACUAAAGAGCUUAUUGUGAAGAGGGUGGAAUCGCAAAGGGAGGUUUACAUUGCGAGGAACCAAAAAAAGGGAAUGUCCAUAUAA